AUGAGAUGUUUUCAGCAAGAUAGAUCAAAAACGUGAUUUUCUACAUAGUUAUAGCGAUGUCAUCAUCGUGUUAGGUAUAAUUAAGUGUACAGACGAUAUUUUUGUUCUGUAUAAAUGAUUUACAUAAAUUGAAACGAUAGAACCACUGCAACCGCGUUGCAAUGAACUUAGGAAAUUGAAAAUACUGCACCCUGGGAAGUAAUGCAACAACAACAACACAAGAUUCUGUGAAUGCGAAAUAUUUAAAUGAUUUGUAUACAGUAAGAUGUUAAUUGAAAACCUUGAAGCGUUGAAAAUAUGGCUAAAGAAGACUCUAACCCCAAUAUGUGACGCUGACCCUAACACACUGUCUCAGUAUGUAGUUGCGCUGUUAAAGAAGAACAAACCAGACACAGAUCUCAAGGAUUUUUGUCAAGACCAACUUGAAGUAUUCCUUCAGCAGAAGACAAAAGCUUUUGUGGAAACACUAUUUGAGACCUUGACAUCACAGUCCUAUCUCGCAUUAACCCCAGCUGUAGCCCCACCCCCUCCAACAUCAGCUCCGCCUCCAUUGCCUCCAUCAAAUACAAAUUCAGCUACAUCAGUUUUGACACCAGUCAGUCAAAACCAACUGAGCAAUCAGCAAUCUUCUGCAGCUUCUACAGACAAAAGGAAGAAAUCCUCAGAAGAGAUUUCUGAGGAUGGAAGUAAAAGUGUAUACAGACGCCGUUCUCGUAGUCCUAAUAGGAAUCGAGGAAGAGACGGCGACCGAGAUGAUCGCAGAAGACGUUUUGAUGAACGAGGAAGAUACCCCGCUGACAGACGGUAUGGUCGGGACGAACCAGUUCGCAGAAGGUCGAGAAGCCGGUCACGGGACAGAUCACCAAGAAAUUGCUCACGAGGCCCGACAAGUCGGCUACGUGGGCGAUCAAGAGACAGGUCAAGAAGUCCCAACUGGAGAAGGUCACGAUCCAGAAGCAGAUCCAUGACCCCACCUAGAUCCCCUCCAGUGGGCCAUGUUGACAUUGACAGCCGUGGCUCUACCCCAGUGCAGGACAAUGGCAAGUACUCGAGUGAGCCAGAGCCUACCCCUAUGUCUAUCCCCAGUGCUAUCAGUGUUGUGUCUCGCACAGUGGACAACCGCUAUGACUGGAACUCUCACGGUCGACGCAACACGCCCCCGCCUCCCAGACCCAGGUGCAAAGAUUAUGACGAGAAGGGAUUCUGUAUGAGGGGUGACCUGUGUCCAUUUGAUCACGGACUGGAUCCUGUUAUUGUGGAGGACAUCAACAUUCCACCAGUUUUACCUUUCAACCCUACAGGCCCUCCCCCACCGCCUCCACCUGGUAUGUCAGGGAUGCCCCCUGGAAUCCCCCCACCAAGGCUACCAGGCCCUCGUGUCAUGGGCCCGAGACCACCCCCAGGUCCUCCCCAGGGUCCACCUCCCCAUAGGCCUAAUAGACCCAUCAGGCCACCACAGCCCUACCAGCCUGAGGGUUAUAACCCAGAAGCUCCGGCCAUCAAUCCUCCCCGCAGUAGCUUUUGGAUGGGUCCUAGAGGGCCACGCCCAUCUUCCUUCCACCCCCAGCCUCCUGCCCCUCCCAGUACUAGGGGAAGGGAUUUGGUCAGGGUGCAGACUGUACCAGAGGCUCCUCCUAAAAAUGAGGAUUCCGCUGGGAUUCAGGUGCCAGGUUACAAUGAGAAUGGUCAAAAUAACAGAACCGUCGUUGCUCCCAAACGGCCUUAUCAGAAGUUUUCCCAGUCCCCGCCCCACUCUACUGCUGAGCCGGCUCCUCCAGGAUCUCAGCCCUCCAUGAACAAGUACCCGAGGCCAGCGCCAGAGCAUCAAAAACGACACUUUGAUUAUAACAGAUUAGGAAGUUACAGACAGUCUGGCUACAAUUCUGAUAAUGCUACUUUAGAAGUCAGGAAAGUUCCUCCUGAAUUCAAUACCAUUGCCAAGCUCAAUGAGCAUUUUGGCAAAUUCGGUACCCUUGUCAAUAUACAGGUUCGCCAUGAGGAUGCCCCCGAUGCAGCACUAAUCACAUUCUCGAGCAAUGCCGAGGCUAACAGCGCUUACCGCAGCAGUGAACCGGUCUUCAACAACAGAUUCAUCAAACUCUUCUGGCAUAAGCCCGCACAGGCUGGGACUGGUGGUAGCCAGCCUGGGGGAAGCACUGUUAGCAGUACUGGAGAAGAUCAGAGAAUACCUGUCAAGACCAGGCUAGGCAUCCCGUCUCCUGAUAAACUUCAACUCAACAACUUAAUCCCCAAAACUAGUCAACCAUCAGAUAAGUCCCUCCUUUAUGCCUCAUCCGGUGGAACAUUAACCAAGACUGUGUUUAACCCUGCUGCCCUCAAGACAAAGUCUGCCACAGCCACACUCAGCCCAGCCACACUGGAGGCCAACAAGAAGUCUCUGCUAGAAGAGCAACAGAAAAAGCAAGAAGCUUUGAAAAAGAAGUUGGAGUUGCAAAAGCAGAAACAGCAGCUACUCCAGAGAUAUAUAGAACAGCAGAAGCUCCUCCUGGGGAAGGUAGAAAAGAGCAAGGAUAAAGCUGAGGAUAAAGCUAGUCUGAUGCAGACAAUCAAAGAUUUGUCUGUUCAGAUUGACAACCUGAAGACUGAGCUGAUGCCUAAAAAAACAACAUUCAAAUCUGAUGUUCAGGCUAAGAAAGAAAUACUGGAUACAGAAUUAGAAUUGAUCUCUAAACAACAUGCUGGUGAUGAUACAUCAGAUCUGAGGAAGAAGCUAGAUGAUCUCACACGAGAGGCUGCAUCCAUGGGCUUGCUGUCAGGCCGAGGUCGUGGGAGAGGGAGGGGUUCUAUACCCCGGGGGCGUGGUCGGGGGUCCACCACUUGGUCUCGAGGAGGCAGAGGGGGGCGAGGACGCGGCUUCACGGCAGUCAGUCGACGACUUGACAGAAGACCAAAGCAAUUAAAAAUGUCUGGUUUUGGCCCAGACGACAAAAAUGAUCUCUUGUUACAUUUAGCACAACAUGGUGAGGUGGAGAACGUAGAUUUUGAAGGCGACCAAGCAGCAGUUGUUACAUUUAAAACUAGACAGGAUGCAGAGAAGGUGGCUGCUACUGGGACAGAGUUCAAAGGGAAGACUUUAAUCAUGAAGUGGCACAUCCCUGGUGUUCUCUCUACAUCGCAGGAUCCAGGAGAAGAUGAUGACGAUGACGACGAUGAUGAUGAAGUGAGUGGGAUAUUAGAUGAGAUAGAUGAAGAUGCCUUACUAGCUGCUGAUGAUGAAGAGGAGGAAGACGAAGAGAGCCGAUCCUGGAGGCGGUAACAACACCAGUAACCAUGGAAACAAGAGGCUCUUGCGAUUCAGAACUUUCUCAUAGGCAGUGGUUAACAUCAGAAAUUGAGAAUAUUUGUGGGUCCCAACAAGUGUAGAUCCUCAUUUCUGUCUUCUCGAAAGACAUGUUGGGAGCAAGUUCAUUAUGCAUGUAAUACUAAAUGGUAACAGGUGUCAGUAAACAGAGACAUUGGUGUGAACACUGAGGCAGCAUGUAACCUAUGUGGAAGGAAUGCCAUUGCAGAUUACUAGUUACAGAAGUAACCUCCACAGGAGCUCAUUGGUCGGCCUUCAUAGUUUUGUCUGAUCUAGUGUAAGGUGUGUACGCAAGAUUUGAAUUCGUUUGAAAAAAUAUUCUGGCUCAUCCCCGGCAAAGAAAUCCCCAGAGUCACAUUUUUCAGUCAGACUGGUCUCCUGCCAUCCACAUCAUUCCACACAAAUCUUAAUCAGUUUUAUGACAGUAGUUUGACACAGUGCAGAAGUAAGUGUUCCUACUUUUUAAGGAAAGCUUAACAAUCAGAGAUGGGGUUGAAGGUGUAUAUUCUACAUCUUGUAUGCAAUUUUGUUGGUCACAACUAGUGAGUCCAGCAGUAACUUAACACUGUGAAGCUUUGUGGAAAGAUUUGAUGUGGUGUAAUUUUGGUGCAGUGACAUGUACAUGAACCUUCAGACUUUUUUUCUUGUUUUUUUUUUCCUUUUCUUUCUUUGCAACUGUUUAAAGCACAAAAAGGUUAAGAGUUGUCCUUUUUUUAAAGGCAUUAAAGCCUUUUUUGUUUAGUGAAUAUGCACUCUUACAUGAGGUGGAUUUUACAUUUUACUGCCUGAAUUAAUACGCAAAUCUGUUCAGAAUUAAUUGUAUUGGGCUAAUGGUAAUGUAUUUCCCUACGUCUUAAAUCAACAAGCUAUAUUGGAUUAGUAUUUAAUCAUACUCUUUUAUUUUAUGGAACUGUUUUGUCUCUCAUGUCAUCGCACAUAAAUCUGGAUACUGUUGUAAAUCUUGUCAUGGUGUUUUAAAGUUUUGUAUUGGAGAAGUGCUGAAAGGUCAUAUCGACUACUGAAAGGUCAUAUCUACUACUUAACGGCAAACGUGCCUGAUCCUGACGUCGAGAGAAGUAGUGAUCACUGACACAUAAUAUGAAGAUGUAAUGUGUGAAGUUGUUCCAUUAUAUGUUGAUUUGCUGAGAAUGCAGCAUGAAAUUUCCGUAAUUCUUUGAAGGUAGAGGCAAUGUCUGACGAGUUUUGGCUGGUGAUGAUUUAAAGGAAGUGUAGUGUGGUGUUAGAAUCUGAUUUGUCACAUGAUGAAGUAUGGUCAAUGUGCCUAGGGGUUCCUGCGUACCCCAUGCUGCAGCUAAUGUGCCCAGUGUUUCAGCUGCUAUAUUGUAGCACAGCAAUUCUGUUUCCCUCUGUACCCAGUGUUUCAGCUAAUGUGCCCAGUGUUUCAGCUGCUAUAUUGUAGCACAGCAGUUCUGUUUGCCUCUGUACCCCAUGCUGAAGCUAAUGUGCCCAGUGUUUCAGCUGCUAUAUUGUAGCACAGCAGUUCUGUUUGCCUCUGUACCCCAUGUUUCAGCUAAUGUGCCCAGUGUUUCAGCUGCUAUAUUGUAGCACAGGAAUUCUGUUUGCCUCUGCACCAAUGUUUCAGCUAAUGUGCCCAGUGUUUCAGCUGCUAUAUUGUAACAUAGCAGUUCUGUUUGCCUCUGUACCCCAUGCUGCAGCUAAUGUGCCCAGUGUUUCAGCUGCUAUAUUGUAGCACAGCAGUUCUGUUUGCCUCUGUACCCCAUGCUGCAGCUAAUGUGCCCAGUGUUUCAGCUGCUAUAUUGUAGCACAGCAGUUCUGUUUGCCAAUCGUACCCAAUGUUUCAGCUAAUGUGCCCAGUGUUUCAGCUGCUAUAUUGUAACACAGCAGUUCUGUUUGCCUCUGUACCCAAUGUUUCAGCUAAUGUGCCCAGUGUUUCAGCUGCUAUAUUGUAGCACAGCAGUUCUGUUUGCCUCUGUACCUAAUGUUUCAGCUAAUACGGUCCAGCCGCUAUUAAAUAUGCCCGGUGGGUCAGCUUGUAGCAAAGCGGUUCAGUUUGCCUAUGUUCUUAGAAAUUCUUGGAAAUUUGGGCAAUGACAAUAAUGUUAAAACAGUCAGCAUUUUUGAUAAUGUUCAUUCCGUAGAGAAGAUUGUGGCAGUGUAAAUAUUGUCAUAAAUUUCAUUUAACUUUUAGAAAGCACCUAUAUGUUCUCCUGUGCAAUAUAAACAUCUCGUUUACAUAGUUAAACAGAGGCUACCUUGUAUUGGUGGAAAUUGGAGAGAGAGAAUUCCUUAAACCAUGUGUUAGAUCAGAAUGCUUGCCAACCAGUGAAAAGCCAUUGGUACUGUUUUCAUGUGUGCAAGAAAGAACAUUGUUAAAUAUUAUUGUUUCUUUACUAUCUGUUAUUUGUGUGUGAAAUUAAAUAAUGCGAAUUUGAUGUAUGUCUGUUUAUUUACAUUACUGUCCUUUUACUGAUUCACUUUUAAUGCACAGAGCUGUGCGGGGUUUGACUGACCUGUGCCUCUUUUGGUUAGCUUUUAUCAGUGUUUCUGUUUACCUGGUUUUAAUGUCCUCCUUGGUGCAUAUAGUCAGUUGUUGCUGUAAAGUCCCAGUGAUAAUGAUAAAAAACUUGUAAAUGGAGAACAGUUUGUUUUCAUUCAUGUACAUGCAAAUGUAUAUAUUGUUUUCAAGGCUUUCACUGUUACACUGUAUACUGUGGAUUGUAUUUUGACUUUGAAAUCAUGUAAGAGUACUGUAAUAUUUAAAUUACUUCUUGUCAUUUUGAAAUUGUGGUUAUCUUUGUAUAUAAAUGUGGUGGUUGGUGAAGAAAAGAAAACAUGCUGGAUGGUUAUGAAAAUAAAAGAUUCAUGAAGAGAAAAGAAAUAAAAGUGAAAAGAAAAAAGAAAUGGCAGAAAAGAAGAAUGAUCAAAAUAUGUGAAUAAUAAAAAAAAAAGUGGUGAAAAAAAAAAAAAGAAAAAGAAAACUU